GCGAGAGGAGUGGGGAGUUUGGUUAUUUUGACAAAAGGAACUUUACGUCGAAUUUGUAGUUCAUUUUUCCAUGCAAAAUCGUUCUUAAUACACGGGAGCGAACAUUUCUAGCCAUUUUGUCAUCAACACUCAUUGCUAACAUUUAUUAUUAAUGCAACUAAUGUUGGGAAAGGAAUGCGGAUAGAUACACCGGGCUCAAGAAAACGUGCGGAUAUAAUACGCGAUUAUCCCGUUAGGAACUUUAGUAUCAAAAAUUAAGUUGCAGCGAAGUUCCCCAUUUCGUACCCGUCUCCCAGCUUCCAAUUCGGCGUGUUUUAAUCAGAGUAUACAUCAUGACGUUCUAUCAUCAGUGCGACCACAGCGUGAAAUAAUUUCACUACGUGAAACCAUGUGUAGUGCAACUCAGUGCAACCAGAGAACGCAACUAUACUGUCCUCUGUCCUCUCGAUGUUUAUCGACUUUCCUAUCGAUUCAAUUCUAAAACGAUACAUGAGUCGCGAGGUCGCGAACACGCGCAGGGAUAUGCGGACAUGUAUUAUAUGCAUUUCAUAAAAAAUAGUUCAAUUGUGCACCCUUGCGAGAUCAUGCUGGAUAGCGCAUAUGUGUUUAAUGUUUCAUCCACCCCAUAAAACUUUCAUGUGUAUGUUGGGCUUGUUUUAACAUACUAAUGUAACGGAGAGCUAGUCGUAACAAUUCGACCAGUCCAGUGCGCAAAAUCCAAGAUGGUUGUACGUUUAAUGUGCAGUGUAUUCUAUCUGAAAUUGAAAUUUUAAUCCGCACGGUUUACCAUUAUUAUAAUGCCCACCACUGACAUCACAGUCUAACAUUUACUCUGUUAGAAUGGUGUUCAUACUUGGCUAGCCAACAGUAAAUUGUAACUCAGAAUGGACGAUAAUAUUGAAUUCAUGGAGUCUGAUGGGCCUGUUGCACAAGUACAGUCUCCCAGUCUUGCUGACAAUACAAAGCAAGAAUUGAACUGUAAACAGCUUUUGGAUGAAACAACAUUACCGACGGAAGACAAAAACUGCAACCUGACUAUAAUGUUAGCAUCUCAAAAGCUUACCUCAGAGGAGGAGAAAAGAAGUUCUACUCAAGUAGCAACAUUAUUAAAAGACAAAUUGAACUUGAAAAGUGGAUCAGGUGUAAAUGGUAUCGUGAAUGGUUUAGCUGUAGGAAUGGAUCUGCCUCACUCGGCUGAGUAUGAGCAUUGUUCGUUGUCAAAUGGAAAAACUGAAUUUUCUAGUCAUUGUGAUAAGUGUGAGAAGACACGAAUACAUAGUGAUAGCUCAAAUAAUGCAGACACAAAACCUGUGUCAGACUGUGUUAAUCACCAUCCUGAUAACAGUGGUAGAUCUAGUGAAACUAUUCCUAGUAAAGAUGAAGGUAAAAGUGAGUCAUCGGAAAGUGGGGAAAUACAAUAUGUAUCAUAUAAAUCGGAACUUCAAAUGCCUGAUAUAAUGAGACUCAUUCAGAAAGACCUGUCAGAACCCUAUUCAAUAUAUACAUAUAGGUAUUUCAUUCAUAAUUGGCCCAAAUUGUGUUUCUUGGCAAUGCAUGGGAGUGAAUGUGUUGGGGCAAUUGUGUGCAAGUUAGAUGUACAUCGAAAAGUUGUCAAGCGAGGUUAUAUUGCAAUGCUGGCUGUUGAUGAAAAAUAUAGGAAAAGAAAAAUAGGUUCAAAUCUUGUCUUGAAAGCAAUCCGAGCCAUGGUUGAAGAUGAUGCUGAUGAGGUUGUGCUCGAGACCGAAAUCACCAACCGCCCAGCGUUAAGAUUAUAUGAAAAUCUUGGCUUUGUGCGGGACAAAAGGCUGUUCCGUUAUUACUUGAAUGGUGUGGACGCUUUACGCUUGAAGUUAUGGCUUCGGUGAAGAAGACCAGAGCUUGCUACUUAAAUAAUGAGUUGUUCUAAUCAUGGAUUGUGAAGGGGGCAAAAACUUGAGUUAGCUUCCACUGAGAAAGAAGUAAUUUAAUUCUAAACAACUUUUUUCUUUAGAAAUUGUGUUUGUAUAAAGAGAAUUGCACAAAUGGAUGACUUUUACUUGUAGAGAAUGCUAUACUGAAAUUAUACAAGCUCAAAUCUUGUAUGUGGAUUCAUCUUGGAGGGGUAGAAGUUGCAAACUUUUAUCUCGAGUGGAGACCUAUUUUGACUAGUAAGAAAAAAAUUGCAAUGUAGCUAUUAUUGUCCAUAGUAAGAGAGGAAGUAUUGUAAUGUUGCUGCUUAAUAACUUUCAGGGAUAAGGUGGGAGCACCAAACCCUUCAGAAAGUGCAUACUUAAUGGUCCAAUCUUGUACAGAUGCUAUAUAUUUCCAUGUCACUUUACCAGUAUGCAAAUGUAUCUUUAAACAAACAUUAAUCUAAGAAUACUGUUGGAAAUUUACAAGAGGGUUGGUUUUUAUCAAAGAAAUGGUGUGUUGAUGCUUUUGUUAAAAGCGCAGCCUAUCUAGUGCUUGUUACUACUCCAUUUGAAAACUAGAGCUGGCUCUUGUUGUCAUGUGUCAUCACUCAGGCUUGUGUUGUUUGCAUCAGUACAAACCAUUUCAAAAAAGAUAUUUUAAUAGUUCUUUUACCUGUGGAAAAAGGGUGGACAAGUUAAGGCUAAGAAAAAAACCUCAUUGGAUGAAAUGCAAUAACUCCCAUACAGAUUUGACAUGUAUACAUUCAAAAUAAUUAUUUUUCUGUUUUUGAACAGAAAGGUACAGCAGUAGUACUAUCUUCCUUCUCCUAUCUUUGAUGCUGAAAGAAAGCCAAUAUUUGACAAACCUGGUGAUGCUAAGUGCUGCAGUUCCAAUCUGAGUCUAGAGCUGUAUUGCUAUAACUAAGUCAUUAAAAGGAAAAUGGAGCAUGUCUGCCAAACAGUUAAAAACUUUUCAUUCUGACUGAUUAUGCACUUAUUUGCGGUAAACAAAUGUACUUACAAUUGUAAACAGGAAAAAUUUUAAGGUAGAUGUUGAUGUAAUAUGUCAAAUUUUUUGCUUUGAGUGAAAUCAAUUGUGGGAGUACUGUGGUACAUUCUAUAAAGAGUAUUAUAGCGUAAAUAAGGUACUGUAAACUACAUAAUACCAUAAAUAAUAAUUUUCAGACAUUCACACACUUCACAAAAAAAAAUGUGCGUAAUACAUAACUGAACUUUAUAAUUUUUCUUCAACCAAAAGGUGAAAUUAUUCUGUCAAUUUUUUCCAAUUAAUACUCCCCUUCCAAAUAAAUUUAUCGGUGCUUCAUAUAUUUUACUUUUGUCUUCUUUUUUUACUCUACAAUUCAAGCAAAGGAAUCACCAUCAAUUUUUGUACUUCUUUAAACUAUUUAUAUUUGUUGCCUUGAUGUGGAAAUGUAUGCUAAUAUGUGCAUGACAUAGCGAGUUUAAGUUCUUUAUGUAUCCUUGCAAAAAGAUUAUUUUUCUGUUGUCUGGAUUAUACUAGUGCUGAAGUGUCCUUAUUGUUAACUACUAUUAGCUUUCCCCAUAAAAAAUGUUUUUAAAAUAAUAAUGAAUGUUAUCAUUUGUGUUAGAAUGAUCUUCUAAGUGCUGUUAUGAAUUCACAUUAAAAUUUUAUGCUUAUGAGAGAAGACAUUUUUGUCUUGAAUUAAAAUGAUCUCAAACCGUAAAUAUUAUUUCAUAUCCAAUCUGUGAAGAUAACUUAAAGCAUCGUUGCAUUUAAAUGAAAUAUUUCUAUUACUAUUUCAUUACUUGUUAAUUUUGAGGAAUUCAAAUUGCAUUUGCAGUGUGCAGUUUUUAUCUGCAAGUUAAAGAAGUGAGUUUUAUUCUGUAGGAAGAACUUACAACCUAAAUUUCAUUUGUGUAAGGAACAAACACUGCUCAUGUAGCAAAAAUCAAGAGUUAAGUGGAUCUACUUAUAAAAUGAAAGUUAAGCAUUCUGUGACUUUUUAGAUGUUCCAAACUUCAUUUCAAUCAGAAAUAAGUACUACAAAGCUAGUUUUGUUCAUGUAUUUCAAAAGAAUAUUUCAAUAUAUUGAAUGUUUGACGAGUUCUGUCAAAAAGUUUAAAAAUAUCCCUGCAGUCAGGAGGGAAUAAAUUAAACUGCAAAAUACAUAAGAAAAGAAAGAUGUCAUAUGAGAGAUAACUCCUGCCUAAUUUCAACAAAAAAUAUCUUGAUUGAGUGUUACUUAAGUUAUUUGUUUUAAUAAUUGAUGUUAAAAGGCAGACAGCUCACAUUUCCUGUAUUUUACUAUGCAGCGUAUUAGUGGAGACGUUUCAGCACAUAAGAAAACCCAAUCUGGAAGGGAUAGACAAGUUAGAUAUCUCUGGAAAGAAGUACAGAUGAUAUGUGGCACCUAGGAUCAAGAGACCUGCUAGUCCAAGAGGUGAUAACAGUUGAAUUCAUUCCAAAGUGUGAUCUCAACUCUCAUUUUAACCCCUGCUUGGGUUAAUGCUUUGGUUCUAGGUCACAUUUUAUCUGAACUUCACUCUGUUCAGUGGUCGGCUACCAAAUUUAACGCAAUCUACGCCACGAGAUGUGCGCGUUGUAAAUAUAGACAGACCUAGCAGUGAUAUUGUCUUCAUUCAGAUUAUGCUUUUGUGUCUACAAUUUUUUGUCUUUUUAUAUUUAAUUUUGCAUAUACUACAGGGUUUGGGUGUUCAAUAAGAAAUUUUGUCAUUACAGAUUGGAAUAUCUUGGUGAGAUUUGUUUUAUAUCGGCUUUUCAAUUUGAUUUUGUAUUUAUUGAAAAUCUGAGGUUCUGUUUGAACGAUGUGGAAUAUAUGACUAUAUAUGUAUCAAAUAAAGAACACACUUCUAGGAUCUUUGCACUUGUUAUGCCUGGUAUUGUUUUUUAAUUUUUUUUGUUGUUGAAUGUUAGUCACAGAACCAAGUCUUUGUAGAUCGAUGUUUGACCGUGUGAUGACAAAAGUGAAAAAUAUGAACCUGGUGUCGUAAUUUAUAGACAAGAUUUACUAAACGUUUAUACUGUACAAUAAAUGAAUGUAAAUAUAACAGAUUAUUAUUACUUUAUAUUGCAAAUUCAUGAUUCAUACCUUUCUGAAUGUCAUCCUGGAGAGAAUUUACUAAGGUGCAAGGUCAGAUUUCUCUUUUCAGCACACAAUCAAGUCUUACUUUAAUGGCAUUGGCUGAGACGCAUAAUAAUACACUUUAAAUUUCCUUCUUGCUGGCAAUAAUGUGCAGCAGCUACAUUAAUCUCGCAUAAAGGGUAGUAACACACUAGCGGUCUGCAACUGCAAGACCGCUGCUGAACAAAUCACACAAGUCCAUGAAGUAGCGUGCACACUGUUCAAGCGCUACAAUUAAAAUAUGUCAAGUAAAACUGCAGCAAAUUAAAUACUUAAGUCUCGCUGAAUGCUGCAGUAGUAUAGUAUUGUAUCGGGAGUGUAAAGGGGGUCAGUGAAGAUUAAGGAGUAGACUGGCAGGUCAAUUGUUAAACAUGUACUAGUGAUUGACUGGGUUAAUCAAGAUCCAAGAAUUACUCUAAUAUAUAAAUGAUUUUGGUAAUUGUUUUCUACAAAACUUCUAAUUACAUAUUUGCUCCUUUUCUUUUGUAUUCAUCAUUGGAAAGUUAAGGAAACUCAAAAAAUUACAAUUAUGUAUUCACAAAAUGACUUAUUGCAUUAGAAAAUAAUGUUUGCAAUACUACGGAAACAUGGCCAGUUCUUGAAAACAGUCAACAUUUUGCAACCAAUAAAGAAUAAAAACUUGGCUACUCAGAAGCAGGAACAUUUCCGAUUUUCAGAAAAGGAGUUAUUUAUGAAAAUAUGGGAAAGAAAUAUCUUUAAAUCGUUUUUGUUAUGAUUAUGAAUGUAGAACAUUACAGAAAAAAGUAAGAGGAUGUAUUUUAAAAGGGGCCCAUCAAGGAAAAUUCGUUACAACAUGAAUGAGCACUUCAGAGUAAAUAUGCUCACAACUGCUUUGUAGUUGUGAAUUAAAUUUUUCCUUCUUUACUGAUUUAUUAUUAUGAAAAGAAUUUGAAAUAUCUGAAACUACUAUUUAUGAUCUCUUUUUUGCAAUGAGCAUUUUCAGCAAAUAGAGUUGGGAAAAUCCUUUGAAUUUAGUAUUAAAAUACUUUAUAAAUAACUAUUUCAAUAGGUGCUAAAAUACAUUAGGACUUGACGUGCUAAGUACACAUGUACUGUAUAAUGAUUUUGUAUUAUAUAUUUUAUUGCAAAACUAUAUUUUAGUUAAAAAUUACAGUAAAUUGGAAAUUGAGAGUCAUGCACGUUUCUGAACAAUAACUAUUGUAAUGUAUUGUAACAAUAUGUAUAAACAUUUUUAAAUAUAAAUGAUAUCAA